AUGGCGGAGGCCGAGAACAUCCGCGUGGCCGUGCGCUGCCGGCCCAUGAGCAAGAAAGAGAUCAACGAGCAGGCCGAGUCGUGCUUCACGUGCAAGAACGGCAACGCCGUGCUCACCAACCCGGACAACAAGGACGAAGUGCACGAGUUUGGCUUUGACUUUGUGUACCCGUGCGAGACGGAGCAGUGCAAGGUCUUCAACGACUUUGGCCAGCCCGUGCUGCAGCGCGCGUUUGGCGGCUACAAUGGCACGAUCUUCGCCUAUGGGCAGACCGGCAGUGGCAAGACGUUCAGCAUGGCCGGCAUUGCCGGCAACGAAGACCUCGAAGGCCUCAUCCCGCGCAUGAACAAGGCGCUCUUCGACCACGUGCACGCCGAGAAGACGAACAGCCCCAACAAGCUCUUCCUCGUCGAGUGCUCGUUCUUUGAGAUUUACAACGAAAUCAUCUACGACCUCCUCGACUCGAGCCCUUCCAAAGACAAGAAAAACAAAGGCCUCGAGAUCAAGGAACAUAGCGUGCUCGGUAUCUACGUCAAGGACCUCCAGGAGCGCGUUGUCGAGUCGCGCGACGAAGUGCUCGAGCUCAUGGCCCAAGGCCAAGCCAACCGCACGGUUGGGUACACCAACAUGAACUCGGAGAGCUCGCGGUCGCACUCGAUCUUUGUCAUCAAGAUCCACCAGAAAGACUCGCUCGACGAGAGCAAAAACGUCUUUGCCAAGGUCAACCUCGUGGACCUCGCGGGCUCGGAGCGUGCGGCGGGCACGGGUGCUGUCGGCACGCGACUAAAGGAAGGCGCCAACAUCAACAAGUCGCUCAGUGCGCUCGGCAACGUCAUCAACGCGCUCCUCACGCGCGUGCUCCAGGAGUCGCUCGGUGGCAACUCGCUCUGUUCGAUGCUCGCAACUCUCUCGCCGGCCAACAUCAACUUUAUCGAGACGCUGGGCACGCUCAAGUAUGCGAGCCGCGCCAAGUCCAUCAAGGUCAACGCCAAGAAGAACGAAGAGGCGAGCCAGAUCUCACAGCUCAACGAAGAGAUUGCAGCGCUCAAGAAGCGCCUCAUGGAGCAGCAGAGCAUUAGCGUCGACCCGGCCGAGAAGAACGAAGUCAUUGCGCGGUUUGAAAAGCAGAUUCAGGAGAUGGAUGCAGUCCGGCUACAGACAUGGGAAGACAAGGCCAAGCUCAGCAAGCAGCACGAGCUCGAGCGGAAAAAACUGGCCAAAGAGAAAGCGCGCGCUGACCAAAAGACCCAAGAUGAAAAAAUCAAAAAGUGGAAGCUCUUGGAAGCCAAAGCCGACAUUGAACUCGCGAUGCGGGCGACGCGCGAACUCGAUGUCGGUACCGACAGCUGGAUCCACAUGGCCGCCAAAGCCAAGGCGCUCGAGCAAGACGUUAAGGACGCGCGGACGCUCAUUUGCGUCUUUAAAGACUCGCUGGACAAAGACGUCCUCAACUGGAAGGGCACGGACGACGACGCAUCGUCCGUGCACGUGACCGCGAACCAGCUCUGCACAAAAAUCAAAAACAUUCAGGAGGAAAGCGCCAAGAUGAUGGCCCUCGAGAGCGAGCUCUUGCGGCAAACGAGUGCGAUUCUGGACGCGAUUGCGACGGAGAUGGACGUGCUGCAGCGCAACUGGACGACUACGGUCGCGACGACGCCGCCACCCUCGAAAGAAGCCAAAGUGCUCUACGAAGACCGCGACAAGGCGCUGAGCAUCACGAUGCACAUGGUGCAAGCGUACCGCGCGGCCUUGCUGAGUACGCUCAAGUCGGAGCGGAAGCGCAUCUUUCACAUGCACGACGCCGCCAAGCUCCUCAGCAACGAGCUCCAGGCCCAAGUCGAGAGCCCGCACAUGGAUGACGAGCGCAAGAAGGCGCGCGCGAUGGCCCUCAAGUCGCUUGCCGGUGCGCUCGACGCCAUCUCGGACGCUUCGCACGCCACCACGUCAGAGAAUGCCAGCGAUGCAGCGCCGACGUACGAGCCCAAAGGCGAGCCGUUUGCGUUCGGGCUGGAAAAACGACUGCUCGGCGACGACCGGCUCUCGGCGUCGUCGGGCGAUGCCAAAGCCGCGCGCUUGCACGGGGCGGGGAGCUGGGCGCCGUCACCGGGCGACGUGACACCGUGGCUACGCAUCGACUUGGAGAAACCUCGUUUUGUUGUCAGCGUCAGCGUCCAGGGCGGCGUCUUGGGCCAAACCAGUGCCGAGGACCCGCCAUUGGACUUGUCCAAAGCCCACAUGGACACCGUGCUGAGUCAAGUGGCGGCGACCGCUGUCAGCGGGGACCACGACCAGACAUACGAGAUUGCAAAACACAUCAUGUCGUGGGUCAAACUGCUCAAGUCGCCGCAAGUACCCACGAAGCUCUUUAGCCGGCCGCCCGUCCGGUUCCUCCAUGACGUCAUCACGCAAGUCGCGCUCAACACAGGGUACGGCAAAGACGUCUUCUCGGAGAAAGACAGGGACUACAACCAGCUCACCGAGAAGAAAGAGAAAGUCGAGUACCUUCUCAAGGUCCUUCAGCUCGUCCAAACCACGUUCCAGGGAGUCAUAGACGUCAAGGCCACGGACGCCAACAUCCUUGCUGGAAAGGAGCCCGAGCAAACGAUGCAGCUGCUUGGGCUAUUCUGCCUCGGUGCCAUCAAGCAUGUCGCGACGCACGGCGCUCCUGUGCCACAAGAGGCGUGGGUCACCGAGCUGCAAAUCGAGACGAGCGUUGAGGGGGACACUUGGGUGCAGUUGCCCGCCCCCGUGGUUGCCAAUGUCGACGUGACCUCGGUUGUCGUCCUUGGUCUGCCCCCCAACACGGUCGCCCGGUACGUCAAGCUACUGCCGACCAAGUGGCAGAACACGCCAGCGCUUCGGGUCGAGGUGAUGGGUAUGGCCGCCGUGAGUGCAGACUCGGGUGUGGAUGCGAUUCAAACCGAGAUCCUCGGCUACCUCGGGCUGCUGACCAACCUUCUCUCGGCGGGCGAGCUCGUCCUCGAAGAGGCCAAGGUCAAGUGGGCCCAAGCAAAAGACAGCCAGCGAGAAAAACAAACCGCACUCAACAACCUCGUCCAAGAGAUGGACACGUGGAAGGCCCAGACGCAGACGCUGCAGGCCAAUUUGGACGCGGCCAACAAGGUCAUCGACAAGUGGAAAGCUGAGAAAGGCGAGUCGGACUCCAAGCUCUCGGCUGCGACCGCUCAAAUGCAAGCUAUUUCGGCGCAGUGCAAAGCGACAGAAGACCACCUUGCGCAGGCCAAGGCAACGAUCGACAGCCUCACGACCCAGUGUGCCGAGCUCACGCAGGCGAACGCUGCUGUCACGCACCAGCAAUCGCAGCUCGAGGCGCAAUUGACGUCCAUGACACAGUCCAAGGCCGACUUGGAAAAACUGAGCGAGAGCUUGCGCGCGCAAUUGAGCUCAAAAAGUGCCCUCGAGGGCGCGACCGACUCGCGCAUGGCGAGCCUCUCGGCCGAGCUCCAGACCGUCACAAUCCAAUUGGACGAAGCCAAACGCAACAUUGAGCGGACGGCCAAGGCGCUGGCCGAAGCCGAGGCGGACAAGUCGACCGCGUCGCAGCAAAUAAAGGCGCUCAAGCUCGAGGCGACCACCAAAGACCGCGCCAACGAAGCGCUCGAGGCCAAGUUUAAGGCGGACGUCGCCGACCUCCAGCGGCAGCAAGCGGCGACGAAUGCGGCGCUGCAAGAGUCAACGGCCCAACGCUCCGAGGUGGAAGGCCAGGCGCAGCGUGCCCAAGCUUUAGUGGCAAGCCUGCAAGCCGAGCUGGAAGCGACCAAAAAGCGACAGACGGAGAACGCAACGUCCGAGAUCAAACGCCUUCAGGACGAAGCCAGCGAGGCUGAGAAGCGGUACUUCUCCGUGCAGACGCAGCAAGUGCGGCUCCAAGCUGACAACGAGCGGCUCGAAGCGAAAUUCGCUGCCGCGGACGAGAAGCUUCGCGUGCUGGACGCCAAGCUGCUCGAGGCGACGGCGACGAUCGAGUCGCUCCAGCGCGAGAAGAAGCAGCUCGAGGAGCUCGAGGAAGAACUCAACCUGCAGCUGCAAGUCGUUACGGAAGAACGCGACUCGGCGCGCCAAAAAGAAGAAAUUCUCUUUUUUGAAAACGCCGAAAAGGAUCAAGAAAUCGAGCGCAUCCGGGACGGCUACGUCUGGGUCACGGACCGCAUGAACAACAAAGAAGACGAGCUCGCCGAGCUCCAGGAGCAAAUUGAAAAUACCAAAGUCUUCUUCGCCUCUCGACGAGCAGCGAGACACCGAGUCGUCCAAGCUCGAGUCAGCCCGCGACGCAAAGUGUCGGGGACCUCGCGAGCCUGUACCGCAUCGCCUUUCAGAAAGACUGCCCUGCGUCGGCGUCGCCGAGUGAGCUUCUGCAACAACUGACGCACUGGAUGCGAGCGCAGUCGCCCGCGGCCAACGCCCCGGCCGAGAGGCCGACGACGGGUCCUUCCAGCCAGAAUGUCCAGCCGGCGGCAAAGCCAGCCAAUACCGUCAAACCAGCGGUUGCCACACCCGCCAAACCGCCAGCCACCAAGCCCGACGCGCCGCCGACGUCUGUGACGCAAGGCGCGUCACACACCAAGCCACCCGAGGUCAGCGUCAAGCGACAAGUGUCGAUUGAAGACUUGUCGCCGCCCGCGCGCAUCGAGCCCAAGCCGGUGCUCGUCACCGGCAAGUCGGUCGCGUCCGAGAUUUACGACGACAACGAGUACGACGACGACUUUGAUGCGGCCGACGACGACGACGGAGCGAAGCGCACCAAGGCCAAGCGGCGCAGUCUCUUGAAUGGCGAGGCCACCGUCGAGCCUGCGCCAGUGCUUGUGACAACCUCCAGUAGCACCCACUAAGAAUGUCAAGCCUGUAAUAUAUAUGUACGACGACGCCUCAAGGA